AUGGCUAAGAAACAGUCUAUUUCCAAAGCGCUUGAAAAUGUUGAAAAAAUAAAGGUUUCAAGUGAUAAAUCAGUUGAAGAAAUUGAAGAAGAUUUACAAUUACCUUCAUCAUCGGAUGAUGAAGAUGCCAGUGAGGAUGAAGAACAUGUAUUAUCUGAAGAAAGUGAUGAUGAUGAUGAUGAUGAUGAAAUAAACGGUUUAUCUAGUGAUGAUGAUGAAGAUGAAGAAGAAGGUGAAGAAGAAAAUGAUGGUUCAAAAGGAAACAAAUCUGGUCAUUCUGUGAAUAAAGUCAUUAAAGUUAAUGAAGAAGAAACUGAAGAUUCUAAAUCAAGUAAAAGUAAAAAAACUCCAAAAUCUGGUGUCAUAUAUAUUGGAAGAUUACCUGAAGGAUUCCAAGAAAAAGAAUUAAAGACAUAUUUCAAACAAUUUGGUGAUAUAGUCAAUCUUAAAUUAUCUCGUAAUAAGAAAACUGGUAAGAGUAAACAUUAUGGAUUUAUAGAAUUCCAAUCCUUUGAAGUUGCUAAAAUUGCUGCUGAAACCAUGAAUAAUUAUUUAUUGUUUGGUCAUUUAAUAAAAUGUGAAGUUGUCAAUGAACCUUUCAAAGAUUUAUUUAAAGAUUCCAAAAAGAAAUUCAAAGUUAUUCCUUGGAAGAAAAUAGCUAAAGAAAAGCAUGAUAAACCAAAAUCUGCUAAAGAAUGGGCUAAAUUGGUUGAAAAUUUCGAAGAGUCUAAGAAAAAGAAACAAGAGGAAUUGAAAAGUAAAGGUAUUGACUUUGAUUUGAGUUCUAUAUAG